AAGGCCAGCAUAAGCAGUAAGGCAAACAUCAGGCGCAGGCCUCGGGCCGAACGGGAGAGCGACCGAGCUGUCUGUCUGUCUGUGUGUCGGGUGUAGUUUCAAGAGGUUUCACUGCCCUCACUCGGCCGUUUAGGUCUCGUCGGUGCGGGGCGAAUGUAGUGAAAAAGUGAAGUGCCGUUACGGAUUCACGCCACCCCAAAAACCCCAUCCCCAUCCCUGGUCACCCGUUUAUCAAACGCUGCUGCUAUCUAUCAAUCACCUCAAUCUAUGUAGCCGGAGGAACAGUGCUGUUGUGGCCCGCGAAAAACAAAAAACCAGAGCGGUGGAAUAUUGGGAAUAAAUGCCGGAGACGCCGAACUGCGUCAGCCAACGUGACAAAUGAUGCUGGAACUACUGUGGGGCGUGUUGCUAGUGUUAGUCAGCGGCGCCUCCCCGUUCAACCUUGAAACGCAUCAAAUACUGGAGAAGCGCGGCCUGUCCGGGUCCUACUUUGGCUACUCGGUCGCUGGCCACCACCAACGGGGCACCCGGGGCAACGCAAACCGUACGACGAGCUGGAUUCUCGUGGGUGCGCCACUCGGACAGAACCUGCAGCCGGGCUCGAACCGGUCCGGUGCACUGUACCGCUGCCCGGUUACGCUUGCCACCGACGAUUGCCUGCAGGUGGUGACCGACGGGCUCCGAACUGCUACCGGCUCGUACGAACAGCGCCAAAGUGCAAACCGCUCGCGUAGCAAGACGGAUGACAUCGACGAUGACCUGGAGGGCGAUGAUCCGGCGGCGGUGCGCAACAACCUGGUACCGCCCGGGGCGGACGAAAUCAAAACAAACCAGUGGCUCGGCGUGUCCGUAGAAACGGGAGGUCAAGAGAAUAAGAUCUUCGUGUGCGCCCAUCGCUACAUCAAGGUGAGCAAACCGCAACCGUACACGUUCUCUGCCAACUCGUCGUCGUCGUCGUCAUCGUCAUCGUCGUCGAAUUCGCACGGGCUGUACCUCGGGCAGGGCAUCUGUUACGUGCUGAACGAGGACUUUUCGUUCGGGUUUGCCGUCGAAGUGUGCCGGGGUCGCUCGAUCGAGCGGGAACACCAGCAGUACGCGUUCUGCCAGUCCGGUACGUCCAGUGCGGUGCUGGUGGACGGGACCGCCCUCAUCGGUACGCCCGGGGCGAUGACGUGGAAGGGUACGCUGUUUAGCGUUGCGAUCGAGGGUGACUUUCUGUCACGCGACAAGUUCCAGUACUACGCACCGCACGACAACGUCAACUCGCCCGUACCGAACUACAGCUACUUGGGUAUGGCCGUUACCGGUGGUCGCUUUUUUGGCAACUACAUGACGUACGCUGGCGGUGCACCGCGGGCCGGCGACGGCAACGGCGAGGUAGUCAUCUUCUCGAACGUGCAGCGCAAAAACCCGUUCGACCGUGACCUGUCGCUGGUGGGUGAACAGUUUGGUUCCGGGUUCGGUAGUACCCUGCUAUCGGUCGACGUCAACGGGGAUGGCUUGCUCGAUCUGCUGGUCGGUGCACCGAACUACUUCAACCGUACGGACGGUGGCGCCGUGUAUGUGUACCUGAACCGUGGCACCACCUUCGAUCAGCGCUACCAGCAACGGUUAACCGGGCGCCUCGAGUCCCGCUUCGGGACGGCCAUCGCCGCCUGCGGUGACCUCAACCGGGACGGGAUGAACGAUGUCGCGAUCGGGGCACCGUACGAGUUGGGUGGCCGCGGGCGCGUCUACCUCCACUCCGGUACCGCCCACGGUCUCUCGCCGGAACCAUCGCAGAUAAUCGAUCCGCACGAUUUCCACCCGCAACCGGCAGGGCCACGCGGGUGGCAAACGUUCGGUAGCUCGCUGGCCGGCAACUACGAUCUGGACGGGAACUCGUACCCGGACCUGAUCGUCGGUUCGUACGGUAGCGAUCGGGUGGCCGCCCUCCUGUCCCGCCCGAUCAUCAACAUCCGCACGUACGAGGAACUGGCGGGGGUGGCGGCGGCGGCGGCCGGUGCGAUCGAUCCCACCAAAACCGGCUGUGCGGCGGAUCCGCUCGCCAACGUUACCUGCUUCACGUUCCGGGCGUGCAGCGCGAUCGAUGAUGAUGACGAUGAUGGUGGUGGUGGUGGUGGUGCCCAACCGACCGACUCCUACCUCGAUCUGCGGUUCACGAUCGAGGCAGAAACGUUCCAGAAGGAGCGCCGGUUCUCGCGCGUUUCACUCGCCCUGGCAAGCGACCGUACUAGCAGCUGGCCAACCGUGCGCACCAACGUCCUGACCGAGCGGUUCCGGUUGACGACGGCCCGCGACAACGCAACCGUCUGCCACACGGUGACGGCGUACCUGAACGAGGGCACCCGGGACAUACAGAAUCCGCUCAAGUUCCGCAUCAACUACACGCUCGACGAUAGCAGCAGCAGCAGCAGUGGCAGUGGCAGCGGUGGGCGUGGAGGCGACCCCCGGAACGGACUGCCGGUUCUGCAGCCCAUCCUGAACCGUACCGCAGCGGAGCGCACGUUCGUCGUGCCGUUCCAGAAGGACUGUGGACCGGAUGGCCAGUGCCGGUCGGCCCUGGCCCUGCAAACCGUCGAGCUGGUCGGGCUGACCAGGAACGGGAGCGACACGUACUACAUCGUGCUCGGCCGCGACCGGAAGCUAUCGCUCGCGAUCAACGUACUGAAUGGGGCCGAUUCGGCGUACGAAACCCACCUGUACGUCCAGCACGAUCAAUCGCUAACGUACGCCGGUGCGAAGGGUGCGACGGUGUGCGGUGCGUACAACGCAACGCUGGUGAACUGUAGCAUCGGCAAUCCGCUGAAGCGGAAUGGUUCGAAGCAGCUGUCGCUCAAGUUCGAUGCCGAAUCGCUGGAGGAGGAUGGGUAUGGGCGGGGUGAUGCCGGUGGGUUGACGAGCUCGCUGCUCGUGUUUGUCAACACGACGUCGAUCGAUCGGAUCGACCAGCAGCCCCGCCGGAUUCAGCUGCGGAUCGUGCGGAUGGCUAAGCUGAGCAUCACUGGGGUUGCCCGGCCGGAGCAGGUGUUUUACGGUGGCGGUGGUUCGGAGAUUGUGGGCGAGAGCGCGAUCAAGAAGCUGGAGGAGGUCGGCAUGCCGAUCGAGCACGUGUACGAGAUCUACAACGACGGUCCGUGGCGUGCACCGGUGAUCCGGCUGAUGAUCGACUGGCCGCUCCAGGUGGCGAACAACAAACCGCAGGGCAAGUGGCUCCUGUACCUGGACGCCCCGCCCACCCUCGACCUGUCGACGCGCGCGAAAGGCCAGGAGCGGACGUACUGUGAGGUGCUGCGCAAACCCGAACUCAUCGGUGACCGGUCACCGAUCAACCCGCUCGAACUGCACGGUGCCCGGCCCAACGGCACGGCCGGUUCGUCGUUGCGGCGCGUCCGCCGUGACCGGGCGAUGGUGCUGCGACCGUCGGCCGCCGACGGUGCGAUCCAGAUGGACUGCCCCAGCCAGACGGCCAAGUGUGUCCGGAUCGUGUGCGAUAUCUACGCGCUCAGCCCGAAGGCGCACGUGCUCGUCACCGUGACGGCCCGGCUCUGGAACUCCACGCUCGUCGGUGACUAUCCGCGGGUGGACGUCGUGCGGAUCGGCUCGAGCGCCCACUUCACGGUCGAGGGCCUGGACGAUAUCGAUGUGCUGGCGGGGCUGACACCCGACACCGGUACCCAGCAGACGCUGAUGGUGCGCACCGAAGCGUUCCCGGAGAUGGGACCACCGCCCGUGCCGGCCAUGCCCUGGUGGUUGCUUGCGCUUGCCAUCAUCGGCGGGCUGCUGCUGCUGGCGCUCGUCAUCUAUGUGCUCGCCCGGGUCGGUUUCUUCCGGCGGCACCGCCACGCCGGCAACGAUCUGACGCUCAGCGGUAACCUCGAACGCCGCAAACCAUCCACCGGUGGUGGUGGUGGCGAUAGUAGUGCCGGCAAGCGCGAUUCGACGGCCGGUUCGGGCGAACGCAAACCGUUCCUCAACCGACGCUCCUGAGCAGCUCGCAGCCCGCCCCAAAAAAAAAAAAAACAAACAAACAAACAAACCACACCAGGUUCAGUGCCAUUCUCUCACCAAGAGCCUUGUUACUUAAUUGUGCUUUACAUUAACCCCCCCCCCCCCCCCCCCUCCCACGAGGUGCCUUUCCCCAAAAACACACGCCCACACGCGCGAAUGAGACGGCUCGAACGAAUCGAACGAUCGACGGGGGAUCGAUCGGUAGGUUUAAGGAAAUUAUUAUUUUUGUUUUUUACAAAACAAAAAAAAAAGAAGAAAAACAAACAAAUCUUCCAUCCCAGUUCUGUGUAACCUGUGCACGGUGGUUCCACACUAGCGGGUAAGCUGUAGGGUGAUCAGGGGGGGGGGCCAGGGGGGGACAGAGCCCCGCCUUUCCAUUGACGCCAUGUUUGCUCCCUGUUUUAUCCCGCCCCGCGGUUUGCGUGCAAUUGCGCUACCAAAAUCAUCAUCAUCGUCCGCAGGUCUUGCCAGGAAUGCCCAUUUGCUGGGCUGCAGCAAAACCCCAGUCAUGCCCGUGUGGUGUGCCUGUGUGCGGCACGACGGGAGAGAGCGAGAGCGAGAGAGAGAGAGUACCGGUAUAGGUUAAGGUCGAUACCACUAACAAAGUACGGUGGGCCCAAAAAAAAUGCCCAGGGGCACCCACGUUUACCUUUUUAGCCUUUUUCUUUUAGUAGGUUUCACCUAGCGACGUCGUAGGCAUUCGAAUAUUCUUUGUUUUUAAGAGCCCUCACCGCCAGUCCGCCCCGUCCCCCCGUCCCCCCAACAAAAUCGCCAACGAACGCAUUUCGUAACGCGAGACUGAGCCCGAAUAAAGGGUGGGGAUGGGGAGGGAAACGGAGGGAAGGCGUAGGGGCGAUCGAGAUACGUACUUGAGCGGCAAUUGUACGAUGUAGCGGGUGUGUUUGUUUUUUUUUCCAAUCUUACACAAAAGUAUUGCAUUGUAGAUGGGCUCGUGUAGUUGUAGAUUUUACUCUGUAUGAAAUACAUACCGAACCGGCCAACGCCUCUAGCCCGGGGUAUUUCUGUAA